UUUCUUCUUCAACCAUCGUGAUAAAAAAAUGGCGGCGAGGUUUAUGCUCGUUUCAGCGGUCCUCGUCGCCUUUUUGGCGAUCGCUUUUGUUUACUUCGAGCCGAUACCCGUGGAAAAGUAUCCCAGCGCAGUACAGAAAGUUCACAACAAGUUACUAGAAUCGGGGAGGUUUUUAAGCAGCCUGUUCUGCGGCACCAAGCGGAUCACCGCUGAGGGCGUGUUCACCGCCGAGGAACUCCGCAAGUACGAUGGUACCUCCGACGUGCACGGCCUCUAUCUUGCGUUGUUGGGACGCAUAUACGACGUGCAGAAAGGCGCCGAACAUUACCGGCCCGGAGGCGGCUAUGCGCACUUUGCAGGUCGCGAUGCUUCGAGGGCCUACGUCACCGGUGACUUCUCGGAGGCGGGCCUCACAGACGAUUUGCAGGGGCUUUCAGACGAAUCGCUUCACACGUUCACGCAAUGGGUUGAUUUUUACGAAAAGGACUACAGAUUCGUAGGCAAACUUGCCGGCAGGUACUACACCAAUGAGGGCGAGCCAACCGAGGAGCUGCAGAGGGUGCUGGCAGCUGUGGAGAGGGCCAAGGAGAAGGAGUACCUGACCAAGGAGGCGAGCAAGGUGUUUCCACCAUGCAACUCUGAGUGGACACAGGAGGGGGGCACCAAGGUCUGGUGUAGCACACAGAGCGGCGGCAUCCAACGCAGUUGGGCCGGCGUGCCGAGGCAGUUCUUCGAACCCGAGACUCAAGUGAAGCGCUGCGUGUGCGUGCGCACCACGGGGCCCCCCUCGGAUGCCGCGGUGGGAGCCAAGCACAACAACCGGGGCGACCUAGACCACCCUCAGCUGAAGGAGUAUCCAGGUUGCCAGCCCACUUCGGACACCUGCAAGGUCCCUGACCCCUAGAGAACCAGAUCUCUCUGCAUGGCGGGGUUACGCGUAAGCUUUGCCACCGUUUCGCCUCGACGAGGAGGAAAGGAAGCGUCGACAAACGAAUCCAGGCUCUGCUGUGAUGCGUGGGCCGAUCAAUCGGGAAGGUGGCGGAUUUCUCGCGUGACGUCACGUAAAAUCUCGGAUGAUUGGGGAAAGAUGACGAUCACUGAGGGCCAGCUACAGUUCGUGACACAGUUAGCCCAUAUGCUCAGUUGCCAGUCUCCUGCAUUGUUUUCUGAACCCUGUUGAAAAAAUGUCGUCAGGCAGUAAACUUUAGCUCAGUGCUAACCUGCUUCGGUAAGACGCCAGCUUGCACCAAUCCCCCUUCCGGGCGAAGUGUGUUUGCAUACUGUGCAUACGGGCGUGGUAUACGGGGACAUGUACUUCUGAGUGAACGUCCAAAUUAUUUUUUUAUGCAACGUCGACUUUUUCCUCACUAGAUAAAGAUGAGGAGGAAAAACACAAGCUCUCAGAAUAGCUUAAGUGAGACUGCCGUCAGCAGAUUUUGUCGUUCUGAAUAGCUUUGUUCUGUACACAAUUGCUGUAAUUGUGGGAUGAUUUGCUCGACCUAGUUCACAUUCAAUAUUGCUCUCUUCUGCAAAAAAGAAGUAUGAGCAAGUCUUGAAUUUUUAUCUUUGUCUGCUGUGCUCAUAUUUCAUGGGUUGGUUGUGAACAAACCUUGAGAGUUUGAAUCACUUGAGCUGCACUUAAAGUUGGGCUAGAAGACUUGCCACACUGCCGUAUAAAAGAUCAAUUUGGUUUUUGCCUCUUCCUGUGCAAGCAGAAUCUUUGUAUCAUUAAA